CGAAUAACGUCGUCGGGAUGGCGUUUCAAGGAGAGCUUUUAUCAUCUCGAACAGCUGCGCAAUAUUUUCGCAGCUGGUGUCAGCUGAUGCAUAGAGCCAGCAUAUACUUUACGAGCAUGUCUCCAUGAGAGUGAAGAGCCCGCUGUGGCGCUGAGUGCCAUUUCACAACAAGCGGCCAGUGUGACGCGGUAUGUAUAUAAACAAAACCCGUCCGGCAAUGGCGUCUGCCAGGCAGAUCUGGUUGUUGACUUGUCGGUCGUGAGGGGGAGAUCGGUUAAGAAAACAUUCUCCGGUCGAGUUUUCCUCGCCGGCCGAAUAGUAUGGCGGACCUAGAAAAUUCUCGCCGCGAGCUGCGCAAGUCGGCGGACCUGAGAAGGAUACUGUUCAAAGAAGAGGAGCAGGCUAAAACGAGACACAUUCGGAAGCUGAUGAAUAAGCCAGCCUGGGAGCGCAGUGCCGACGAAGAGUGCAUUCUGGAGAACUCGCGUGACCUGGUCCAAAUUCUGCAGGAGAGGUCGCGGAAGCGCCAAUGCAACGAGCAGCGUCUUCAAGAGGUGCAAGAUCCACCAGCAGUGCUGCCUGAAAAGUGCGAGGUACUGGCGACGGCCAUUACCGAAGCACGCCACCUUAUAGUGUACACGGGUGCUGGCAUCAGCACAGCGGCGCGCAUCCCAGACUACAGGGGCCCAGCAGGUGUCUGGACUUUGCUGCACAAAGGCCAGCGGCUUCCCGAGGUUCAGGACCUGAGCCAGGCUUGCCCGACCUUCACUCACAUGGCGCUGGCGCAGCUUCAGCGCAUGGGGCACGUCAAGCACGUCGUGUCGCAGAACUGCGACGGCCUCCACGUUCGCAGUGGCCUGUCCCGGAAGUGCCUCUCCGAGGUGCACGGCAACAUGUUCCUCGAGGUGUGCCCGCGCUGCAAGCCGCUGCGGCAGUACUUCCGCCUCUUCGACGUCACUGAGCGGACGGCCUUGCGGCGGCACCGCACGGGCCGCCAGUGCCACGUCUGCUCCGCCGACCUGGUUGAUACCAUCGUGCACUUUGGCGAGAAGGGCCGGUUGCGCUGGCCGCUUAACUGGCAGGGUGCGGGGCGAGCGGCCGACCGGUGUGAUGCCAUCCUCUGCCUAGGCAGCAGCCUCAAGGUGCUUCGGAGAUACCGGUGCCUAUGGGGGCUCGACCGGCCCGUGCGUGAGAGGCCCAAGCUGUACAUCGUGAACCUGCAGUGGACGCCCAAGGACGACUCGGCUGCACUCAAGAUCAACGGCCGCUGCGACGAGGUCAUGCGAGCCGUCAUGGAGCAUCUGAAGAUCUGUGUCCCCGAAUACGAGCGGCACAAUGACCCACUGUGGAAGCUGCACACGCCCGUGCGGCCCAAGGAGCUGCGGACGUUCACCAGGUUGCCCUUGGUGGUGGCCGAGGAGCCCCCGCACGAGGACCACUGUUACGCAAUGACAAUCAAAAAGGAAGGCGAAGACGGCGACGACGACAAGCAGGGGAUUGUCAAGCAGGAAAUAGAAGAGGAGGACACUGUGCAAGAGAGAGAGGAGGAGGAAGAGGCCGAUAACCCAAAGAAACAACCGAGGCUCAUUGGCUGGUACGGAAAAGGGUGCGCCAAGUGGCGCCGAAAACGCUAGCAGACGAGCUCCGUUGCACUGGUAUGAAGAGGAUAGUCGCGUCGUCUGCCGCUGAUUGCAAAGAGCGAUUGUGGUAGAUGCUGGCUCGAGGACACAAGGACUGGGGCGCCCCCGACACCCGUGAAACGAAAGGGACGCAUUUCGGCGAGGCACGGCAUCGGAUGAGGGUGGCUUCGUGAAAGGUUGCUGCUUGCUGUGCGUUAGCGUGUUGCCCCAUGAUGUGUUUGUGCAAUUGUCCUGUGAACAGGUGAACAGUGAGUUUGCUACGUCGAGGUGCAAGUCGAAGUGGGUAGAGCGUGCAAGACAUUUUGUUCCCAAGAGUCUGUUUAGUGCAAGGCACCGUCUACCUAUUGUGUGUUGAUAACUACAGUGCUCUUCCCGUUAACGAGGCCAGUAUGGAAGCAUGUGUUUUCAUCAUCCUUGAUACCAGGGCUCGUUUUAUAUCGAAGCUGAAGAUAGGCGUGCAUUUGUGACCAGCGAGAGUAAAACUUGUGCGGGCAGCUUUUUGCAUGAAAAUGUAGAAAAACAAGUGUAAAUUUUUUAAGCCAGUGCGCAUUUUUCAGUUUUCCCGCCGAGAGUGGCAAUUUGAUGGCCAUCAAAAUUUAGCAGAAGACAGGCACAACAUAAUUCACAACACUGAGUAACUUGUCUCGCAGACCAACUUCGCGAGACGUUUUGCAGACGAUUUCUGCAAGAGGUCUUGCAGAUUGACUCUGUGAGAUGUAUCUGAAAUGAGCUAAGCUCGUGGAGAAUUUGGUCAUUAGGUGAGGCAUCUCAUUAGCUACAUGUGUACAAUUUACCUUGAUAAGUGUGAGCCAUCAUUGACUUGGGAAGAUGGUGUUUACAGCCUUUAAUUUGUAACGGUUGGGCAGAGUGCAACUCGUGUUGCUUCUAAAGCCUGCCUUUCAAAAUUAAACUACCGUAAAAUUCCAAGCAAGUGCCCCCCCCUCAAGCAAGUCAAAAUUCUGCAAAAGUUGGGUGGGGGGGUGGGGGGCGCUAUCCUGGAACGGCAUUAAAAUUUAAGAUGACGACAAAAUUUUUCCGCCAGAAAAAAAAAAAAAGCGCAGUGGGAAUAGAAUUAAACUGUUAUUUAACAUGAACUUUAUUAAGCCAAAUAUUUGUUACUGCUUUUUAUCACUCUGAAAACCAUCGAAAGAACUGCAGAAAUAGCGCAUCAAUGCUCCACCGGCGCGUCACCGCAACCGGCGACACACACAUUGGCUAUGCAGUUUCUAUUCUAUUAAAACCCUGUCCACAGUCAAACGUUUAGCACCAAGGAGAGUUGCGAUACAAGUGCGAUCAUGAUUGUAUGCAACGGUGCAUCAGGGCACCCCGGUGCACUAAAGAGAGGGGCUUUACGGUGCACACGGGUGCAAUUUGCCAUUAUUUUCGUGCACUGGAUGUGGCAGGCCAGUGUUGCCUGGGCGCGGAGAGGGGGGCGCUUUCCCGGAACGGCGCAGAAAUUUGAAAUUAGUUCACUUAGGGGUGGCUCUUGGACGGGUGGGGAUGCUUGCUCGGAAUUUUAUGGUAGAGUUGUUUAUUUUACAUCCCACUCUAAAUUAAUACAAAUUUUGAAUUAUAAUAAUUGCAGACAUGAAGUUGCCAUAGCAUGUUUUAGAGGCGGCAUUCAUUGUUCUUUUGAACUUGCUGGAUAUGUGAGGGUAUAAGGAAGGAUUCCUUUCCUUAUCAACACUCCGAAAAGGACCUGUAUUUCAGUAGACAAAGGGUCUGUUCACUUAGGUUUUCUGGAAUUCAAACUGUCUAAAUAGAGCAUGGGUGGGGGCGCUUGCUUGAAAUUUUACGGUAGAGUUGUUUAUUUUACAUCCCACUCUAAAUUAAUACAAAUUGUGAGUUAUAAUAAUUGCAGACAUGAAGUGCCGUAGCUUGUUUACAGGCGGCAUUCAUAUUGUUCUUUUGAACUUGUUGGCUAUGUGAUGGAAUAAGGAAGGAAUCCUUUCCUUAUCAGACUUGGAAAAAGGCCUGUAUUUCAAUGGACAAAGGGUCCGUUCACUUAGGUUUUCUUGAAUUCAAAUCAUCGAAAUAUACCUUGCCAACAGACUAAGGACCAAGACACUGUGAUUGUAUGGGGUGGCACCAAUAGAAAAGCACGAGAAGCUUUGGCGAAGUGUUGAGACACUACGGCCAUGGAGUAGGCUAGACCAGGCUCUGCGGUUGGGAAUUGGAUCGAUUUCUCGAUUCAAUCCGAUUCAAUCGACAUAAUUGCUUAGGAGACAAUUUAAGAUUGUGCAAGAUUCCAUUACAUGUAGCAGCAUCCUGAGGUUCCUCUGCAACUUCACAGUGCUUAUGGCAGGUGGCGCCACUCAAGCUGUUGCAUGGUGACGGUAUGCUGUGGUGCGGUCUACACAACUGUGCAGGUUGCCAAGGACAGCAAACUGCUUGUGUGCGGUACCAGACUGCCAAGCACUGUUUUGUGCUGCAACCGCAUGGGGUAACCUGUGUGACCAGCAAACUUUUCCGUCUUCCGAUGGUGUUUCUGACCAAAUUUGGAAUAUGCAAUGAUUUAGUAAGGUGAGCAUGCUGGACCAUGUGCGAAGUGCUGUGUUAAGUGACCUAGCUUUUGAUCGCCGGUGAAGCUUUUUGAGAAAAUGUGUUUUUUUCUUGCCGUAACAAGCGCUGUGUCUUUGUCAUUGCUAUGGAAUUUCUUUUACUGUAGCUAUGUCGACAUUUUGUGGACUGAGGCAAUUGGGAAACUUGAUUGCUGGUACUGAUGAGUCAUGCAUUUCUUUUGCUUUUGAUUGCCCAUGCAGUUUUUACUGAAGAGUGGUAUUUUGCCAAAAACUAGCCAUGUCUGCUGCUUUGGCUCGUAAAUGUCGAGCUUGGAAGACUGUCUUGUUAACUGAAGCCUCUUGGCAAAAGGACUUCAAGUGGCAUCUCUUGCAAUUACGAUGCAGUGUGUUAAUGCAAUUCCCUUUCCCAUGGUGCUCUGUCCAGAAUUCUCUGUAUCGUGGCGUGAAGGAUGUUGUACAUCAGUAAAGGUCUGAAGACACUGGUACAAGCUUUA